ACGGACCGCCCUCCCUCCCCACCAGCGGCGGCCAUUUUCUCUCCUUCCCCGCCUCCCCAGCCCUUCUCGCCCUCUCACCGUCUUCCCCACCGCAGCCGCGGGAGGGGAAGGGCAGGGCAGCUGAUUGUGCUCACAGAAUCACAGAAUGGUUAAAGAAACCAGGUACACAGGUUCUGGGAUCCCCCACAGCUUUUCCUGUGCCUGAAGGCAAUUUACUGGAUCAGGAUUUCUGCGCUGAGGGCAGCACAGCACGGUGAUCUUGGAGUGAAGAAUAAAAAAUGACCUGCCAUUUAAACCCACACUACCUAUUCCACUUGGCAUCUCUUCUCACUGCAGCUAAUUUACAGGUUGGUAAGUGCUGGUGUGCUGUGGUGUUUCAGCUCCAUGUGUUUAAAGUGGCCUUUAGGUGUGAUCAGAUUUCCUGCAAAAUUCCAGCCUCUGAAACGUCUCUUCAUCCCUGGCAUUCUUCUGUUUUCAUUUUUAUAAUAGCUGUUGUCAAUUUGCUUUGCCUCGUGAUCUGUGGUGGAGAGGGGUCGGUAAUUCCAGAUUGCAGUUACCAGAAGCAAUGUUUUAUUUUGCUGACUUAAAAGAAGGCAUCUCAUUUUUUUGAUAUCAGGUGGUUUAUUCACCUUUGUUUCUUUUCUUUCCCUGCUUGUUUGUAAACUGUUCCAGUGAGCUUAUGCACCCUCUGCUGGGUUUUGUCCUGGAAAGACAAGCACUGCAAAUUCUUCAUGGGCUGCAGAGAAGGGAUAAUUUUAAAGAAAUAUUUUACUGAUAGCAAAGAGAAAAUGCUCUGUGUUUAAACACAAGAACCAAUCAGCGACUCACCCAGCACAAGCAAAGUAUAUUACCUUGUCUUUAUUCUUCUGCAAAGAUGGAUCUUCUUAGAAUUUAUUACCAACAAAUGCCUAGGAGAUUAACCUGUUUUCUUAAUGGCAAUUUAUAGUGAUAUUAUAAUCUUCUCUGUGUAAUGCUCCCUUGCCCCGAGGAAAAGAAAACAGCUCUAGCAUGAAGAAACCCCGUCGCCGUGGGUGACAGCGAGUUGCCCUCACUGAUAUUCCCGCUGGUCAGUGGAAGUGUUUGCCAUUCCCUUCUGCAGGAAUCCGUCCUGAGGACUCCACGUGUGUGGGCCGGACCGUUUCUGGAAACAUACCACAGUCAAGGACAGAGGGGUAGUGCUUAGAUUUUCAGUGUGCUUAGGCAAGGACCCUCAGGGUGUAUUUAUGGCAUCAACCUCGUGAAGGUGUGGAAUGUGUCAGUGCACCCAAGCCCCUUCUUUUUUUUUUCAGUAAAGCUGGUUUUAGCAGGGGCAGUCAAAGGAGCAUUCAGCAUGUUUUGGAAACCCUCCACGGAGCAGUCUUUUCAGCACCACAGUUCUUGCUACAGCCGGGAGUAAUAAAACAGCAGGGUGCCGAGAGCUGAAUGAAAACAGCAGCUGAUUGCCUCUUUCUCUGCUAAAGGCUCCCCUCUUCUGGAGGGAGAGACAUCCAUAUGCAGCUUGGCCAGAGGUGUGCCAGUCAUUCUGCAUAUGCAUUUUGCAUUUUUCUGGAGCAGGGGUUCUAAGCACCCGCUUUUCCAGUUGGGAAAUACAUUCACAAAGCAAUUUUUUUUCCUUACUUGUUUUUAAUGGACUCCUUUGACUUCCUUGAGGUCAGUACACAAAAUUUCUGCAGUAGCAUGACGUGAUCUAACCAGAGACCCCUUCAGAGCUCUUGGUGGAUAACCUCAGCUACUGUUGGACCUGUGCUUGGGUGGGGAAAGAACAGGAUCCAAAGGCUUUUGGUUUUUUCUUGUAGGUAAUUUAAUCAAUGGUCUGACACUUUGAUAUAUGUAGGCUGGGUGAGACUAGGGAACUUAACCAGACUGGCUCAGGAACUCGUAUUAUCUCCUCCUGGAAUAAAUUCUCAUUAGAGUUAUUGUUUAUUUUCCCUUUUCCAUUCAAAUGAUAAUGAUUAAAAGUUUGUUAAAGGUCUUAUUAACUACAGGUUGUGUCUACCUUGUCUAAAAACUCCCUCCUGGGAAUACACAAGAUCUGCUGGAAGAACUAUCUGACUAUCCCUAGGUCAGGCUACAAGUGAUCUUCCCUAAGUUUGCUGAGCAGGAAAGGAUUAAACAAUGAACAGUUGAAUGAGAUGGAUUAUAGGGUUGAAAGCCAUUGAUCUAGGCCACCAAACUCAAUCUAACACGGUUAAAGUUUUAUGGAUGGUUGGGAAGGAACUUCUUUCCCCCCCUCCAUGUUUUUUUAAGUUACAGGCAGAUAGCUGUUCAACUCCAAAUGGAAAAAACCAGUGGGAAUUAGCUGUCAAUUGGUAACCUCCAUGUGGAAGUAAUUUACAUCUGGGAAUUAUUUCUUGGCUCAGCUGAAGUUAGUUGGAAAUCUCAGGAAACUCCUGAGGAGGCAGUUGCCCACAUCACAGAAUUAUUGUCCCAGGGUGCCUGGGUGUUAACAAUCUCAGCAGACACAGUGUUGGGCUUAGUUUUAUUCCUCUGUUUGUUUUACUUAGGAAGAAAUCUACUGCUGGGAGACCCCAAUUACUCCUCUAUCUGUUAGACAGAGGUUGAGUGUUUUAAUUUCCCAGACUUUCAGUCUCAAAUCUCUGAUUAUCUAAAUAAAGAAAAAUAAACAUACGCUAUCAAUUGUGAUAAUGACUGAACUUGCUGAUGGCUUGAAAAGGAUAAAUUUGACAUCUAAGAAGAUGUGUCCCCAGCAUUGCCCAGAAGAAAUCUUACCAUCUUUUGUAGCUGGCAUGCACAAUUUAUUGCUUAAGCAACAAUUUGUUAAUAAAAUGCUUUGCAAUUCAGCCUGCUGUUGAACAGUCAGAGGGCAGGCUAAAUGAGGUAAAGAUAAAAUUGGGGUUGGUGGAAGAUACUGGAUCUUAGACAUGCACAUACCUCUAUUUAGCAUAGAUUAAAUAGCUGCAGAGCUCAGUAAAAAAAAAAAGAAAGAAAGAGAGGGAAUAUUGAAACAAGACUUCAUUUUUUAGUUUGGACUUGUUCUGUGAUAUUGCUCUGUCCAAAAGUAGUUCUGCAUGUGCAGAUAAAAUGCUUGGAGAUGACAGAGACAGAAAUGAUGUUGGGAAGACAGUGCAAUGUAGCCAGUUAACAGAAGAGCUUGAUCUGCACAGAAAAUGAUUCUGAGCAGAUAGACACACAUAUACAUAAAGCAAGAUUAAUUUAGAGACCUUUGUCAUUAAGGCAGAUUUUUGUAUGGUUUUGUGUGGGAUUUAAGGGGGAUUAAAUGUUUGACAUCACUUUGCCUGCACAGGCGAUGUGGAAGAGGUUACUGAGCGGGUGAUGGAGAAUUUAAAAACGCGCCUAUGCUGAAGGAGUGGAAGCAAUGGGUCAGACUGCAGCCUGCUCAAACAAACUGCUGGAUCUACCACGUUUCUGAGAACCAGGUGCUUCUGUUUUGACAGCAGAUGCUGCGGGGAUGUGCAGCUGAAGAAAUAUUUAUGAUUUGCCAAAGUAUGAGGGGAACUCGGCGAGGACGUCAGGACUGGGAUGCCCCUGUCGUCUCACUUCAGUGAUGCCUUGCUUCACGUGCAUCUUUUGUAUGCUAUGCUGUUGCUAAGCAGUAAAAACACUGAAAACAAGAAGUCAGCAAGGUGGAUUGGGUGAUCAGGUGUGUUUCUCUCUUGGAAGAGAUGGUCCUGGUCAUGAAACUUCUGUUCCUCACCUGCCUGUGGCCAACAGCAACGCUACACAGCUCUCACAGUCAGCACCACCACCUUCAUCGUCAACAGCAAUUAUCUUUCUCAAGAAAGCAUACCAGCAAACGAGAAAUUAAAAUGAGGAAACUUGACAGCACUAAAGUACGGCCACUUAAAUCUGAGCAGCUGCUUCACAUAGAGGACCAUGACUUUGCAUUGCGACCUGGAUUUGGAGGGUCACCAAUACCUGUGGGCAUUGAUGUGCAGGUAGAAAGCAUUGACAGCAUAUCUGAAGUUGACAUGGACUUCACAAUGACUUUGUAUCUCAGACAUUACUGGAAGGACGAGAGACUUUCAUUUCGCAGUAACAAAAACAAGAGCAUGACUUUCGAUGGGCGACUGAUCAAAAAGAUCUGGGUACCUGAUGUGUUUUUUGUGCACUCCAAAAGAUCUUUCAUCCAUGAUACAACGGUGGAAAACAUCAUGCUCAGAGUAUACCCUGAUGGCAACGUUCUCUUCAGCCUGAGAAUAACAGUUUCUGCUAUGUGUUUCAUGGAUUUCAGUAGGUUUCCUCUGGACACUCAGAACUGUUCUUUAGAACUGGAAAGCUAUGCAUACAAUGAAGAUGAUCUGAUGCUGUACUGGAAACAUGGAAACAAGUCCCUGACCACAGAUGAGCAAAUCUCCCUCUCCCAGUUUUUCAUCGAAGAAUUCAGUGCUUCCAGUGGAUUAGCUUUUUACAGCAGUACUGGUUGGUACAAUCGACUUUUUAUCAACUUUGCCCUCCGGAGACACAUUUUCUUUUUUGUGCUACAGUCCUAUUUCCCAGCCAUGCUGAUGGUGAUGCUGUCUUGGGUUUCAUUUUGGAUUGACAGAAGAGCUGUUCCUGCCAGGGUAUCACUAGGUAUAACUACAGUGCUGACAAUGUCAACCAUCAUGACAGGAGUAAGUGCCUCAAUGCCUCAAGUGUCUUACAUAAAGGCUGUGGAUGUGUAUUUGUGGAUCAGCUUCCUUUUCGUCUUCCUGUCCGUCAUUGAAUACGCAGCAGUGAACUAUCUCACCACGAUUGAAGAGAGAAAGCAACUCAAAAAAAGGGGCAAGGCCUCAGGAGUGUAUAUGGAUGCAGUGCAAGCCAUGGCUUUUGACGGCUGCUUUCAUGACACGGAUGACAUGGACCUGUCUGGUUUCUCAGACCCCUGUGAGGAGAAUGAGACUCGGACGAGCGAAACCAACAUCUCCAGUGAGGAACCAACUCGCUUGAAGAAAUCUCUGAAGGGAAACGUGGGCAGGAUUAUUUUACAGAACAAUCACGUCAUUGACACGUAUUCCAGGAUUAUAUUUCCCAGUGUGUAUAUUGUGUUCAACUUUCUUUACUGGGGUUUGUACAUAUGAGCAAAAAUCCUUGUAAGCGAGACGUUAUUUUGCGUAUGAGGGUAGAAUCAUACUUUGAAAAUAAUGCAACAGCAGUAGAGGAAAGGGUUAGAAGUUUCCAGAACAGACUUCUGCCUCGAACCUGGGCUGGUUUGGUUAGCAGCAAAACUGCUAAUGAAAAGCUUUCACAUGUCUGGUUCUUUUUCAGCUGGACUGUGCAGUGCUUCACUGGGGCAAUCCCAUGCAUAAGUUCCUGCUGUAGUAGCAUAGAAGCAGUUUGGUCACUAAGGGAGCCCUUUGUCACACACCUGAGCAGACAGCAGCUCCCACCUGAGGUAUUAUCCAGUCUCUAUCUACAUUAAACCAUUCCUCUUCAAUCAACCUUUCUGUUUGUUCUCCACUUGUGGUCCAUUUUUGUAGGAAUUGGCACCAAUCACCUUCAGAUAUCUCCUAUCCUUGUUUCACUUGCUGCAACCUGGGCAACCUGUGUGCACCUCAGCAGCCUCUGUCCUCAGAUGGUAUCCAGGGGGAAAAAUAUGGUUAAGCAUUGGAGUAGGGACCAGGAGAAAGCAAGAAGCAAGGCUGAUGGGGCUUUGUAGGUUGUACAUUGUCAACACCUCAAGAAAAACCCCUCACCCUUGUCAGCUGUCCAUGACUCCUCAUGGGACCUUUAUUUUGGAGAAAAUUUGCUCCCUAGUCCCUGAGGCAGCACAGGAACAAUGUCUCAAACCCAAUGUCUUACAGCCACCUCCCGGGUGGAUGAGCAGCAUCCCUGGCACAAGCUGUGCCCUUCAUAUGACACCCACACACCUCUGCCUCACACAGACCUGCUGUAAUCACCUGCUUUCUGCAGAACUGCCUGUGUGAUGAACACAGGCUUUGAGACAGAGAUUUUAGAAAACUUUGUCAGGAGAACAAGCCAACCACAUCUUCAGCAGAAUCUGGUUCUGCUUUAUGUUGCACAUGAGUUUGGGGUUUUGCCCCCCCUCCUUCUCCCUUUGGCUUGAGGUUGAAUAUUAAGGUGAGGAGAAGCUGCACAUGCCUGUUUGCAGCAGUGAUCCUCAACACAGGUCCAGGGACCUGGAACACUGAGACACACGGGAAUAAAAGGAAUCAGCUGUGCCAAAACAGAUGUACACAGGAAUCCUGUCAGUCUCAGAUGAAUCCUGCAUGGAAACAUCCUUAGGUUCAGGCUAAGGAGUUUGAAUCAAGAAAGUUCAGGGACACAAAGUGUUCACAGCUCCAAAAAAGAAUCAAGAUUACUUUUGCCACUUUCCCAAAUAAGAAGUGUUUUCCACUUACAUUCACUGGGUUUGUCUGUCAUUUAAUGAACUGAGUUUUUAUUUGGAAAGUCGGUUCAAAAGGAUCACUUGUGGUGGCAAAAAAAAUAUCACAAGGUAAAUGCUUGGUCACUGCUUGGUCAAGUUUAUUGGUCAAGGAAAUGGGAAUAAAUUUGAAAGUCUGAACA